CCUCUCUAUAGAUUGCUACAGAAACAAAAAUGACUCUAGACGUUGCAGAGUUGAAGUCAAGGUUGCACAAACAGUCUGAACUGAUAAUGAUUCUGAAGUCAAGAGCUGAUUCUGAAAUGGAGAAUCGCAAGCUUGCGGAGUGUAAACUGCUGUCCGAAUUGAAAAGAAAUGAAGAUCUUAGGGAACAACUUGCACAGUGUCAGCAAAAAGCUUCUGAUGCUGAAAUUAAUAAUCGUGUAUUGAGAUCUACUUUGGACAGUCUAAGUUUUGAGUUGCUUUGCCAAACGUCAACUAAAAAGUCAGGUGAUAUUUUAAAGACAGAUGCAUGUAUCCAAGCUGAGCCUGAAAAAAAUUUUCAAGAUAAAAGUAUCAACACCCAGCGGAAUGAUAAAGAACGUCUUGAUGUUUAUCGUGAUAAGCUCAGGAGACUCAGAGAAAGAAGUAACGAGCUUUCUGGUUCGAUAAAUCAAGUAAAGUCGUUCUACUUGGAAAACCAAAAGACGUUGCGAAUCAGUUUGGAAGGUUUAAUAGCAUUAAUAACUACAAAAGACAGCAUUCACCUCAGGACAAGCAAAGACUACCACGAUGACUGUGUCAAAUGGGAAAAUGAAAGAAAAACAUUGACAUCGCAGCUAGAAGAUGAAAGGAUUUUGAACAACGAUAUUCGUAUGAAAUUGGAUACAGCAUAUGCAGAUAAAUCAAAACUGGAGGAUACCAUAAAGAAACUGAAAGAACAGAGGGAACGUGAAAUGAAGGAAUUCAAUGCAAACAGACGUGUAAAAUGUUUAGAAGAGGAACUUAUGAAUUCUAAGCUAGAAGUGGAACAAAUGAAACAGCUCACUGAAUAAUCGAUUUCGAGGCCUACAAAAUCUAUACCAAAGAACUAUUAGACAAUGAGAGACGAUUGAACAAGGAACUACGACAAUCAUUCAACUGAAAUUAGAAAAUAUACUCAACAAGAAUGGAUGUUUAAAGAAGACUUCGCAAAAAGAAUUACAUUCUUUUUUUUCAGUUCAACAUAUCAAGAUAUACUUGUAAAUCAAUAAAUCGAA